AUGUUGCAGCUUUUUGCAUUUUUAAACCACUCGCUCCAAUUUUCAAAAGUGUGUAGGAAAGUGGGUGAGGGGCAGCAAGGACAGCAAGGAGACAUUGGUAUUAAGGGAGAGCGAGGACAUCCUGGUGUAGAAGGAGAUCAAGGACACAAAGGAGAACCAGGAAAAACAAUCUAUGGGAGGCAAGGUGAUGUAGGAGAUCCAGGUUUACCAGGACAUCUUGGUAGAAGGGGACAAAAAGGAAUUCGAGCCCAACCUGAACAAUCUCCUUGUGAGCUAAUUAACUACAUCCGGAAGACCUGUCCUUGUUGUCAAGGACAAACCACCUGCCCUGUGUAUCCAACAGAAUUGGUGUUCGCACUGGACAUGUCCAAUGACGUGAAACCAGAAACCUACAAUAAAAUGAUAGAAAUUGUGACUUAUAUAUUGAAUAAUAUUACUGUCAGAGGUAAUAACUGUCCUACUGGUGCAAGAGUGUCUGUGAUGUCCUAUAACCAAUAUCCCAGGUAUCUGGUGAGGUUUUCAGAGUUCCAAAGCAAAGAAAAAUUGCUUAAUGUCAUAAAGAACAUACCUCUGGAAAGUUCCAGUGAAGUUCGCAGUAUUGGAAAAAGCAUGAGAUUUGUAGCCAGGAAUGUCUUCAAAAGAUCUCUACAAGGAGCCACUGUAAGAAAAAUUGCACUGUUCUUCAGCAAUGGUCGCACUGAUGACCCUGCUGCACUCAGCACAGCCAUCAUGGAAUACAACGCUCUUGAGAUCAUACCUGCAGUUAUAUCAUUUACCCCAGCACCUGCAAUCAAACGAUCCUUUUCAAUUGAUGAUUCGGGGACAUUUCGGUUGAUUGAGAUUUCUGCACAAGAUGAUUAUGAAUCUCAAGUACAGACCUUACUGAAGUGUACCCUUUGUUAUGAUACAUGUAAACCAGAUGUAUUCUGUGCGGAAAGUAGUUCUGUACUAAAAAAGGCACCUAUGGAUGUGGGUUUUCUCUUGGACAGUUCUUAUCACAUGACAGUUGAUGAGUAUGCAGCAGCAAGAAACUUCAUCGGCACAUUGAUUGACGGGCUUGAUAUUCCGAACACUGGUGCUCGAGUGGCUUUGGUUAGUAGUGCAACCCCCGGCUUUAGCCCAGACAAUGAAGGGAAGCCUUAUCUUGAAUUUGAUUUUUCAACAUAUAGAAGUACAGAGCUUAUGAAGAGACACCUCCAGGAAAACACCCAUAGCUUGCGAGAUCCACCAGCUUUUGGACUUUCGUUGAAAUGGAUGCUUGAAAACAUCAUGGCUAAAACACCAGACCUAAAGAAAAAUAAGGCCAUUAUCAUGAUAUUAGCUGGGGAGACAAGCGACUGGGAUAAACAAACCCUGAGGGAAGUUUCUUUGGAAGCCAAGUGUAAAGGUUUUGCUCUGUUUGUACUUUUCAUUGGCAGAACUUAUAAUAAUACUGAACUGAUGGAACUUCCAAGUGCUCCCACAGAACAUCACCUCCUCCAGCUGGGUGAAGUCCACAAACCAAAUUUUGGAUAUGCAGCCAGAUUUACCCGGGCAUUUCUGAAAUCUGUUAAAUUGUCAAUAAACAAAUAUCCUCCACCAGAAUUCAAAUCAAAUUGUCUCAAUGUGAAUGGUAGAAGAACAAAAAGAUUGAUAUGGCUAUGGACCAAUUGGUCCUUCAAGUUUGGACCUCUUCUAUAAGUGAUGCUCGGAUGUGGGGGGAGUUUUAUGCAAAGCACUG